AUGGAGUUUCCAGACCUCCGGAUAUCCGAAGUUGUCUUCAAGGAGACUCUAUCGAUUCGCGAGUACUGUGCCCUUUUUAUCGUUGAGAUAAGAGGUCUGGUCUGCGUGAUGAAAGUGCAUCUUGGCCAUAACCUUAACCUGCCUGAGGAUUCCUACUAUGAAACAAACAUGUUCGUUUGCGAGUCGAACGCGUAUCGCCGCUUAAAUGAGGCUGGGCCUUUCUAUGGCACAAUUGAGAACAUUGACCCAAAGCUCUGCCUCCCAUAUCUAAACAAAUUUGUAGAUGAUAAAUAUCGUCCUACCGCUAUCUUUAUUGAAUAUAUACCCAAUAUGAAGGAGCUACACCGGAGCAACUAUACACCGGAAAGAAUGAGAAACUUCGUCGAGGGCCUAAAGGAAAUUCACAAAGCCAUGGUUAUGCAUGGGGAUAUCCACCCACGGAAUAUGAUGAUUGUGGAGGACGACCCUAGUAGGGCAAUCUGGCUAGAUUUCGAUAGAGCACAAGCUCUCAGUCCCGAGCCGGAUGAGCUACACAAGAAACUGGAUUGGGUUGGUAGAGAGACCCGUCUUAUUAUGGAGAUGGCGGAAGAUAUGGUUUGUAGCCCUCCCGUCAUUUGCUUGUUAUUUUAUGAAUCCUCUUAUUUUCUGACUUGGGUGGCCUGGAAACGCAGAAGGCAGAUUGGACUGCGCAGGAGUGUCACAGGACUUGUCAAUACUAUGGAGGUCUUAGUGUGA